AUGACUAAACUUUCCGGGCACUUCGAUAGAGGCGCGGAUGAGUUUGGUCCAGGGAUUAGGAUCAACUUCGAACAUAUGGAACUCAAAGAGCUGACCUUUAUUCUUGGCGACAAAAACGUCGCUUAUAUAUUUUUUACACACUUACGA